GUUCUGAUUCUGCCAGCAGUCAGCAUGUCCGGACGCGGCAAGCAGGGCGGCAAGGCGCGCGCCAAGGCCAAGACGCGGUCCUCCCGGGCCGGCCUGCAGUUUCCAGUUGGCAGAGUCCACCGCCUGCUCCGCAAGGGCAACUACUCGGAGCGGGUCGGGGCGGGCGCGCCCGUGUACCUGGCGGCCGUGCUGGAGUACCUGACGGCCGAGAUCCUGGAGCUGGCGGGCAACGCGGCCCGCGACAACAAGAAGACGCGCAUCAUCCCGCGCCACCUGCAGCUGGCCAUCCGCAACGACGAGGAGCUCAACAAGCUGCUGGGCAAGGUGACCAUCGCGCAGGGCGGCGUGCUGCCCAACAUCCAGGCCGUGCUGCUGCCCAAGAAGACCGAGAGCCACCACAAGGCCAAGGGCAAGUAGAAGCCUGCGCCCCUUAGGCGACAACGCAAAUAACUAACCCAAAGGCUCUUUUCAGAGCCACCCACCGCAUCACGGAAAGGGCUUGCAUUUUCCC